AGAACCAUGGGUAACGCAUUGGGAUAUCUGAAAUGGCUGAGGAGCUACAAUCAGGUGUUCUCACCUGAUCGCCAUGAAGAUUUCGUGGAGACAAACAUCGGAUUUCCGUGUCGCGUGGUGACCGGGAACAAGGCCGUGCAGUCUGUGUUUGAUAUCGACCUUUUCAGAAAGGAGGAAUUUUGUUUUGGCCCAGUAGAAGUCCGGCAGGACUUUACGGACGGGGUCUGUCCAAGCAUCACGUCCAACGGAAAAAUCCACGAGAGAAGGAAGGCGCUGAUGAUGGAUGUCAUCGCUGAGGCUUACAAAGAGAUCCCGGCCUCGACAGCAAACGCCGUGCUAUCUAGCAUAGCCAGCUGGGGACGCAGACCGACCGACUUCGAAUCAAAGCUGUUUGCAGUGUCGGCGGGAGCUCUCCUUCCCACCAUCUUCGGGAAAACAACACAUUUCAAUGCUGAGGAAAUCGAGGUCUAUAUGAGUGGUAUGAUUGAAUUAAAACCAGACAGCUUCCUGGCAACAUUGUUGGCGUUGUUGGAGGGAAAUAAGCGAAUUGAGGGGCGUCGGGCAAUGGCAAACAUCCUCGAGAAAAUGAGGACAUCAGAGAGGUACCUGCAACUGAUGGAUCUCGGCAAAUCACAUGGGUUCGAUAAGACAGACACAACGGCGCAGCUGCUCUUUAUGGCAACGUUCAACGCAGUUGUCGGCAUGGCAGCAAACCUGGUCGCAUCCUUCGCCCGCUUGGACACCAUCCGCGCAGAAGACCGGGAGGAGCUACGGGAGGAGGCGCUUGCCGCUCUGAAGAAACACGGAGGCCUGACCGGCGAGGCUCUGGCGGAGAUGCCGAAAACAGAAAGCUUCGUGUUGGAAGUCCUGCGGGCCAGUCCAAGCCCGGAUUUCUGGAGCACCAUUGCUACACGCCCAGCGACUGUCCAGUACUCAACAGAGAGUGGGCCACAGAAGAUUAAAGCUGGCGAACGUGUGUAUGCAAGUUCCUACUGGGCAUUGAGGGACCCUGCUGUUUUCGACAAACCAGACGACUUCGUGUGGCGCAGGUUUCUCGGCCCUGAGGGUAAAGCUCGUAGGGAACACCACGUUAUCUUUCACGGGCGACUCAUCGACACACCCGCGCCCAGCAACCACAUGUGCCCGGGGAAAGACGUCGGGCUGUCGGUGAUCAAAGGUAGCAUCGCCAUUCUCAACACCUUCUUUGGGUGGGACCUCGAGGAGCCGCCGGUGUGGACGGGAACGUACGCAGCUCGUUUGGGGAAGCCUGACAGGGAAGUCAAAAUCAAGUCAUUCUGGUUGCAACAUCCCAACGUGUUGAAAGAGAUUUUUCCAUCCAACUUUGAUGACAUCAUUGACUUGAUCACGUGUGACUGAGUCCUGGUGGAUGUGAGCCUCCUUAUGGCGACGUGGACACGCCUAG